AUGGCAGGAUCUGUAGGUCAAUCACUCAGAGCAACUACACAACGGCUUAAAGGAAAGAAGAAUGGUGGAAAAGGCAAGAACAAGUCCUCUAAAAAGGCUCGCAAAGAAAUGCUUUAUGGAAUUUUGAAUGAGAAAAACAUAAAGCAAAUUCAAUUUGGCGUGAGUAAGAGGUUCCCUACUUGGUAUGGAAGCGCCGUUUAUUUCGAUCCAGAAACCAAAAGAUUAGGAUGCUCUGAGUCCAAAAGCCAACUCUGCUCUAAUUUCAAUGACCAGUACUGGCUAGAAACGCUUUUCGUUUGUGAAUACUGCUUCAAAUAUACGGAUAAUCGGGCACGUUUUGUAGUACAUGCAGCAGUUUGUCCAUUCCAAUACCGUGCUCCAGGAAAAAUAAAGUAUAAGAGUCCCGAAUAUACGAUAAGAAGAGUAAAAGGAUCUAAGUAUCAACUAUUUUGUCAAUGUCUUUGCCUUUUUACGAAGCUAUUUCUGGACAACAAAUCCAUGUACUUUAAAGUAGAUCAUUACGAAUUUUACAUAGUCUAUGAAAAUGGAUCCGCAAAGCCGAUGGGAUUUUUCUCCAAGGAUUUAGUGUCAUACCAGCAAAACAACCUAGCAUGCGUCUUAACGUUUCCACCAUAUCAAAGACGCGGGCUAGGCCUGUUACUUAUAGAAUUUUCAUACAAAUUAUCUCAAUUAGAAGGUGUAAUAUCAGGGCCAGAAGUUCCGUUAUCACCCUUUGGAUUGAUCGGGUACUUGAAAUAUUGGUCACAGAUACUCUGUUGGCAUCUCAUUGAGGGCGAUCUUGCGCAUUGCGAUAAAGUGAGUCUGGAGGAUCUUUCUAUCGUGACUGGAAUGAGAGUCAGUGAUAUUAUUUUGACUCUGAAACACUUGAACUGUAUUGGAGAAAACAAUCAAAUUUACUUGCAGUCCUUAAGCACUUGGUUGAAAUCCCACGGAACAAAAGGGAACUGGUUCAAAUUGCAGGAUGAGUACUUGCUCAUAGAUGACUAG